GGGCUAAACAAUGAACUGGCUGACCCGUUGCCUGGGCGAAGAGAGCGCUGCAGUGCACUCGACGUGGAUAGGGGAGGGAUGGUGAUCAUUAGGGUUGCCCAACAGUGUUGUUAUCGUAUUACAGAGGCGGGGGAAGCCACACUGGCAGUGCACAUUGGAGUUCUGUUUUAAAACCAAAUGCACAGUGUCUUUGAAGCGUUUCGGUUGAGAUCAAGGCUGUGAUCUUGGACAGACACUUGCAGCAUGGGAUUAGCGGCAGAUUGCGCUCCACGUUUCCGCAAAUCAUGCAGUCACUGUCCAUGUCCAUGCAGCUCUCCCACUUUGCACACACACAGAGCACUGAAGCACAUUUGAGGAAUGGCUAGGAUUCAUCUACUGCUUUUGUCUCAGUCCCCAUUUUAAGUUCUCUUAUACUUGUCCCGCAGAACCGAACCGAACAUGUUCUCAGUGCGGAUCGUCACGGCUGAUUAUUACAUGAGCAGCCCGAUCAGAGAGCUGGACUUGUGUUACUCCGAAUUCAGAGACAGCGAUAUGAAGAAAGUGCCCGUGGUUCGGAUCUUUGGGGCCACACCAGCAGGACAGAAGACAUGUCUUCAUCUGCACGGUGUGUUCCCGUACAUCUAUGUGCCAUAUGACGGGUUUGGACAGCAGGCGGAUCGAUACCUGCGGCAGGUGGCCUACAGCAUCGACAGAGCCCUGAACAUCAGCAUGGGAAACCCCUCGUCUAACACGCAGCACAUUUUUAAAGUGGCUCUGGUGUCCGGCAUGCCAUUGUAUGGAUUCCAUAUGAAAGAAAAAGCCUUUAUGAAGAUUUACCUCUACAACCCUCAGAUGGUCAAAAGGGUGUGUGAGCUCCUGCAGGGCGGCGCCGUCAUGAAUAAGAGUUUUCAACCCCACGAGGCUCAUAUACCCUUCCUGCUGCAGCUCUUCAUCGAUUACAACCUCUACGGAAUGAACAUGAUCAAUCUCGCCGCUGUCAAGUUUCGCAAGAGCCAUGUGAGAGGAGAUCAUAGGUCCAGUAAGAUCAAUGACACCAUCCCAUUGAGGAGUCCCUGCACAUCCAAAUUCAAUGACAGUGGGCUGAGGGACACAGUGUGCACUCGCUGGGAGGAAGACAACAUACCAAGUUCUCUGAUUCUAGAGGAGGUGGAACGCAUGAGUGUGUGUGAACUGGAGGUUGAUGCCGUGGCUGCUGAUAUUCUCAACCGACUUGAAAUUGAGAAUCAGAUUGGGAGGAACCCUGGUCUACAGGCCAUCUGGGAGGAUGAGAAACAGCGACGACGAGAGCGAAGUCAAAGCUCUCAGAUCGACAUGCCUGAGUCACAGGAUCGAGACUUUGUGGAGUUUGCGGAGAGUGAAAGAAUCUUCAUGAAGAGAUUUCAGGAAAUUCUCAGGGAAAAUGAAAUUGACAUGACUCAGACUGGCUCUGAAGUUGAUGCUAAUGAAGACUCUUUCACUGAGCUUUCCCUCCAUCCUGCGGUCCUGAGCCCUGAUGACUUACCCAGCAUAUAUGCCAGCCAAUUGGAUGUGCACCAAGAUGCAAUCAAAGAAACAAAAAUGCUUUGUGGCAAAGAUGCUGAAGUGGCAGUUGUUGAUGAAGAGGCCAUUUUGAGUUUGCUGGAAAACAGUCAGACCUUCCACCCUCCCUCUCAGAGAUCCAACCAAUCAGCAAUACUUGACAACAGUCAAGACCAGGCUAUGGUUGAUCUGCUUGAGGCUUUGGCUGAUGAUGGGUUUAGAGCCGACAGGUCCAGAGCAGUGUCCCAGCAGCGGCUGUCUGGAAGUGCUAGCUGUAUCUAUAACAGUGAUGAUGAGGAGGCGGGGCCUGAGCUGGAGAAAGAAGAGGCGGAGCUCAGUAUAAUAAUGUCACAAAGAUGGGACAAUGACAUGCCAGAACACUCCCCCAGGAGAAGAUUAUGUGUGAAAGAAGCAAAUGAAAGCUCUAGUGAGGAGCAGCAGGCCUCUUCAGAUGAGGAGAUGGACUGGAGGGGAAGUUGUUCUUUCCUUGCUGAUCUGUCCAUUCAACAGUUGGAUGGGACAGCUGAUGAGAACAGUGAUUCAUCACUGACAGAUAAAGGAUCCCGGACACAUUCAUCUUUAACAGCAGCAGACAAAUUCCUUGGUAGCAGAAAUGUUUUUCCAAAUGAAGCUGAUCGUUUGGAGCCGCCGUCCUCUACUAAAAUUAUCCUUGAGUACAAAUGUGCUGAGCGAAGACCCACUCAAGAGGAUUCAUCGGAUACGCUUUUCAAAAGUCAAGAGGCAAUUGAAUGUUCAACUGGAUUAAGAGUUAAUAAAGACAUUCCAUAUAUUCCGCCUGUUAAACACCCAAUCACUUGCAACAUGGCAAAUAUAUCCCAAAUUGAUACUGACAAAAUAGGUGUACUCCCUUUGUACACAGAUGAAAACCAAGCCACUGGCCUUAACCAGCCAGAUUCUGAUGGCUUGUUGUUUGGAAACACUAAACUUUCCCUGAGCAGGAAAAAAUAUAGCAGUAUUAAAAAUGUGGAAAAGAACCCUUUAUCCAUCCUGGAGAAUCACAGGAGCUUCUCAGUAAGUUACUCAGAGCUGAUGAACACCAUGACUGAGAUAGAGCCAAGUCCCAAAGACUGCAGAAGUACAGUGAUAAGGAGAUUUGACCAGACACAAAGUCCUGUGGAGGAGAGCCAGCCUUUGGCCCCAAAGGAGGGUGAGACAGGACAUGGCAGUAAAGAGGGAGAUGUUGGGGAACUGAAAAUAAGGUAUGAGGACUACCAAGAAAAUAAAACCGAGAGGACUAUUGUUGCACAGCAGGAGGCACACUACAAAUUUUUCCCCAGUGUUAUCCUCUCUAACUGUCUUUCCAGACCUAUCAAAAAACAGGUCACGAGCAAGACUGGGGAUAGCUGCUGUACCUUAGAUCAUCCUGAACAGCGAAGGUUAAAGUUGACCAAAAAGAGAUCCACAUUAGGUCAAAAAAGAGUAAGUCCUGUGAGGACCCCAGCUCCAAUGAAAGAGGAAGCCACACCAUUUCCUUGUGUCACUCUGGGCUCUCUCAACCAGAAAGAAAGGGAUAGAAAGGUCGACAUAGACAGUUCAGAUCCACCAGCUAUUAAAAGCUUAAUUGAGAGCUUGGUAGAGGAUGAACUCGCAGAUAUCCCCACCAAAGUCUCUUGCACCAAGGUUUCCAGUUUGCCAGGGAGCAAAUACACCUUGCGGGCAAAAAGAAAAUUGAGUCAUGAAAGUGAGGAUGGAGGCCGUUUUAUUUCCCGUUCUUUUAAACAAGCUUCGGUGCAUCAUGAAGGUGUUAAAGACAACCCUGUCUUUAGCCAAAAAAAGAGAAAGCUGUCUAAAAAAGAGCCUCCAAUCAUCAUCAAGUAUAUAAUUAUCAACAGAUUCAAAGGUCAGAAGAACAUGCUGGUGAAGAUUGCUAAAAUUAAUGCUGAUGAACCUCACACAGUUUUAACCACAGAAAAGCUUGCAGAGUACAAAAAGCUUGCUCCUCUCAAAGAAUUCUGGCCCAAAGUCCCAGAGUCAACAGCAGUGAAGUACCCGCUGGCUGAGCCAAAAGUAAAGAAAUGCCCCAAACGAAAAAUCAAGGUCAAUCCAGCAUCAAAGAGGGCUAGUACAUCCCCAAAAUCCAGAUGUGCACAAGCCAGUCAGACCAAAAGGACAAAGAGGGUUAAAACAGCAUUAACUUUGCCCAAAUUACCCACUCCAUGGCCUUGUUAUAAUGAUUUUACCGAUGAUUACUGUACAGAGUAUUCUGAUGUGAUGGUGGAGUUGGGUUAUUCAUCUGAAAGAGCCCCCAGUCCUUCCGAUUCAACUCCACCUAGAUGUUGGUCACCUACUGACCCUUUAUUGGAAUCAAAUUCAAAUGAUCAUCUCAUAAACCCCCAUAAUGACCCAUGUCUUGGUUCAUCCUAUCAGUUACUGACUGUAAAACCGUACAGAAGCAUCCUUCAAGACAGAAUCAGGAGAUCCAGGCCUAAAAAAGCUUCUGCUAACAGCCCAAAAAGAAGGGCUAAGAUAACAGCAAAGCCAGUGGACAAUGAUUCUGUGAAAACAGAGAAUUCACAAAGGAAAAGAAAUCGAGUGAGAACGCAAAAGAAACAUUGUGAAAGUAUUGAGGGGACUGUUCUCGGAGUCGGCACAUCUUUAUCUCAGAAAGGCAGGACGCGAAGCAAGAAACAAAUAUCUGGAAACUCCUUGUCAAUUAAAGGGAGUAAUAACUUGCAGACUCCACUUCCUGAUCACACGGCCCCUCUUCCUUCCUCAUCUGAUGACUUGACUCCUUUCCAGCAUCCCAUUUCUCUAAAAAGAAGUCAAGAGGACCUCACUGCUAGUUGUUCAGAUUCACAAACAAGCACCAAGAUUGAAAAAAUGUCAGAUCAAGAUGAUGUUUUUGUCUUCAAUGCAAUUACCUCAAGUACACAAGACUCACACAUUGUCCCCAAUACCUUUAUUGAAAAGUCUCUGAAUAGUAUUCUCUCCCCAGCCACAAAGACUGUAGGGCAUCCAUGUUCUGUUAUCACAUACAGCAGAUCCAAUUCAAGAUCUCAAAGCGUGAGUCGAGAUGGGACUUUCAUGCUAAAUCCCUAUGAAUUUAAAUCUGACAUCUCAAGCCAGGAAGAGAGACCCAGAACCGUACUGCAUUCACAAUCAAACACAAAAAUAACCAUAAAAUCAAGAAGACAGCCAACAAAAAAGAAAGAUAAUGUAGCAUCUCUGUCUGAUCCACCCUCUGAAAAGAGUGCAAUUAAAGAUGAACCACAUACUGAUCUUACUUUGUCCUCGGGUCCCAAAAGUGGAGAAUUAUGUGCCUUUGAGAUGCCCUCUGGGUUGGCUGUCUUGAAGGAGCAUCUCCAGAAGAGGCAACACAAGGCAGGACAUGGACCACAGGAAAAUGUUCACAUGACUGAAAAUGCAUCAUCCACCAUUCAGCCCAUUGAUGUUUCAAAAACGGCCAAAUCUAAAACAGCCCCUUCAAGGAACCCAAGAGCUGCAAGAAAUAAAGUUCCAAAAGAGUUGAUGUCCACGAGCAAGAGAAGUAAUAAAAGUAAACAAGAUAAUUUGGUGACACUUGACAAAAUAUCAUCAGAUGACAGUCCUGUGUUUUUGUCUGACCCUGGCUUUGACAGCUGCUGCUCCAUUGAGGAUAGUUUAUCCCCAGAGAUCCCAAACAAUUACAGCUUUGAUAUCAAUGCCAUUGGCCUGACUGAGUUUUCCUGUCUUUAUUCUGGUAACCAGUUUGUGUUAACUGACAAGAGCUUGCCUCAGAAGUUCCUUAGUGAUGUCAGUCAGGAGGCAAUCAAUGUCCUGGUUGAAGGGCUGGGGAACAGGGCACAAAAAGUGUUUGAGGUUGAUGAGAACACCAAGCAUGGACAGGACUGGCAUAAGUCUAGGGCUCUUAGUCCAGAGCUCUUUGACAAGUCAACUUCUGAAAAUGGCAGAAUUGUUCCAAAUGAGGUGUCUCUGCUUGAUUCGGAGAGGAUCUUUAGCAGAGAUUGGGGGAGCUCUUUAGGAAAAAUCCAUGGACUCAGCCACUUUCAGGACUUUCACUUUGAAAAGAGAGAUGUUUUUCUUGACCCAGAACCCUUUCUCCCCCUCACUUCUGCUUCUUUUGCUGAUAAUCGUGUUUCACCAAGUACCAAUCUCCUAGAUGGCAGUGAUGCUUUAAAUUCAGCAACCCCAAGCAGUUCCCCACAAUCUAUCAACUCACUGUCCCAGCUGAGGAAUGGAGGUCAGACUUUAAAGAGUGGAGGAACUCGCAUUCUAAAACCACUCAUGUCUCCACCUACUCAGGAAGAGAUCUUGGCUCCUCUAAUGGAUCUGGACCUCUCAGAAGCCACCUACCAGGAACCAUUCUGCAGUGACCCAUCAGAUGCACCUUUGAAGCCAAGGGAGGUUGGUGGUCGAAAGUUGACAUUGGAAACCAGAUUAGCAAAUGAACUAGCUGAGUUUCAUGGGGACUUGUCUCAAGAGGGCUUGCAGUUUUGGAAACUUGCAUUUUCUGCCAUGACAUAUCCAGGCUCUGCACCAACCCAUGCUUCUAAAGACUUAAUAACUACCAAGGACCAAGCCCCAUCCUCUGGCAGUGAUCAAAAGGUGAUCAUGCUCCCCUGCAAAAGUGCUCCAAGCUGGGAACAGGUGCAGCUUUGGCUGCAGGCCAAAAAACAGUAUGAAUGUCUUCAGAGGAAUAGGAAACAAAUGGGUGGCCAGACAAUUGCAGAGUUAAAGCAGAGCACAUAUGACAGGACCUCACCUCAGAAGAAGGACUUGGAUUCACUUUGCUCAGAUAAUUGUGAUAUGGGUCUUGAAAAAGCUUCACAGUUGCAGAGUAUGAAGAGGAAUGGCUUGAGUUUACCACUCCAUAUUUCACCAGUUAAGGCAGCUUCAUCUAACAGUAGCCCUAAGAGCAUGAAAUAUAUCUUGGACACUGAGGCCAAAGAUCAGAAGUGGGAGGUAAACAAAGGCAGUCAGGUUACUUCCUUAAGCUCACCUGAGCUUCCUACAUGGCAACAAAGCCAUGAAGAUUUUAAACAGAAUGAAGACAAUACAAAUUUGUCUGAUGGAUUACCAUCCCUCCAGAUGGAUCAGUCGCAUCAUAAUCUCUAUUGCACUUAUCGUGAAAAUGCACAGCCAAAUGACCUCUUGAGCCCAUCUCUUUUUUCUAUUAAAUACCAAGUUUCAGAUGUGAAAAACUCUUAUCUGCUCCAUAGCACACCUGUCCUUAGGAGAAGCACUGAUGACGAUGGGUCUAUCUGCAGUCCAACAAAGUAUGAGGAUAUGGAGCCCAGAUCACGAAGGUUAUAUCUGAGGAGUGACAAAAACAAAGAUGCUUUACGGAGAGUUUUGCUUACCACACAAAUUAAGAAUCAGCUUGCUGCAAUUAACGUUCCGAAGAGAGAGAACCCUCAGAUCGAGGGUCCAUCAAUCUGCAAUUCAUAUGGCUUUAAAGCCAGUAUGCAGAACUUGCAGGAGGCCAAAGCGCUGCAUGAGGUGCAGUACCUCACACUGAUGAGCAUGGAGCUCCAUGCAAGGACCCGCCGAGACCUUGAGCCUGACCCUGAGUUUGACCCAAUUUGUGCCUUAUUCUACUGCCUCAGUUCUGAUACCCCUCUCCCCAGUUCUGACACAAUCCAGAUGACCGGCACCAUCGUUGUUGAUAAAGAUUGUUGUACUUCAGCCUCAAGCAGCACAGCUCCUCUGCUUUUUAGAUCUGGUGUGACAGGACUGCAGGUCACCUAUGCCAGCGAUGAGAAGGAGCUGUUUGAAAAGAUCAAUAACAUAAUGACAAAGUAUGACCCGGACAUCCUGAUUGGCUAUGAGGUCCAGAUGCACUCUUGGGGCUACCUACUGCAGCGGGCGUCAACACUGGGUGUGGACCUGUGCCAGCAGCUCUCCCGUGUCCCAGGAGAUGCAAAGGAGAAUCGCUUCACAGCAGAGAAAGACGAAUAUGGUGCGGACACCAUGACAGAAAUCCAUAUUGUUGGACGCAUUGUCCUCAACCUGUGGAAGGUUAUGAAGACUGAGGCUGCAUUGAAUAACUACUCUUUUGAGAAUGUUGCUUUCCACCUCCUGCACCAGCGCUUUCCUCUCUACAGCCAUCGCACACUCUCGGACUGGUUUGACCACAACACACAUCUGCACAGGUGGAAGAUGGUGGAUCACUAUGUUAGCCGUGUGUGUGGUAUAAUGCAGUUGCUCCAGCAGCAGGAUGUUAUUGGCCGGACAAGUGAGCUUGCACGUGUGUUUGGGAUCCAGUUCCUCCAUGUGCUCACCAGGGGGUCACAGUAUCGCGUGGAGUCAAUGAUGUUAAGGAUUGCAAAGCCAAUGAAUUACAUCACAGUGACUCCAAGCACACAGCAGCGUGCCCAGCAGAGAGCCCCACAGUGCAUUCCACUCAUCAUGGAACCAGAGUCACGUUUCUAUAGCAACUCAGUCAUUGUGUUAGAUUUCCAGUCGUUGUACCCGUCCAUCGUCAUCGCCUACAAUUACUGUUUCUCCACCUGCCUCGGACAUGUUGAGAAUCUCGGAACGUCUGAUGAGUUCAGGUUCGGUUGCACAUCACUCAGAGUUCCUCCUGACCUCCUUUACCAGCUCAGAAAUGACAUCACUAUUUCUCCCAAUGGCAUCGCAUUUGUUAAGUCGACAGUGAGAAAGGGUGUCCUUCCUAGUAUGCUGGAGGAGAUUUUAAAGACGAGGAUUAUGGUGAAGCAGUCCAUGAAGGCGUACAAAAACGACAAAGCCCUGUUUCGCCUGCUGGACGCCAGGCAGCUUGGCCUCAAACUCAUCGCUAACGUCACCUUCGGUUACACUGCUGCCAAUUUCUCAGGACGUAUGCCCAGUGUCGAGGUGGGUGACAGCAUUGUGCACAAGGCCCGAGAGACACUGGAGAGAGCCAUUAAGAUGGUGAAUGAUACCAAGAAGUGGGGAGCACGUGUGGUGUACGGAGACACAGACAGCAUGUUUGUGUUGUUGAAGGGAGCCACGAAGGAACAGGCAUUUAAGAUUGGUAAUGAAAUUGCAGAGGCUGUGACCGCCACCAACCCUAAACCUGUCAAACUGAAGUUCGAGAAGGUGUACCUCCCAUGUGUGUUACAGACUAAGAAGCGUUAUGUUGGAUACAUGUACGAAAGCUCGGAUCAGAAAAACCCCGUGUUUGAUGCCAAAGGCAUCGAAACUAUACGUCGAGAUGGCUGCCCCGCUGUUGCCAAGGUUCUGGAGCGAUCUCUGAAGCUGCUGUUUGAGUCGCGGGACAUCAGCCAGGUGAAGCAGUACGUGCAGCGGCAGUGUGUGAAGGUGUUGGAGGCCAAAGCCAGCAUGCAGGACCUCACCUUUUCCAAAGAGUACCGCGGCAGUGGAUCAUACCAGCCAGGGGCUUGUGUACCUGCCUUGGAGCUCACCAGGCGCAUGAUGGCAUACGAUCGGCGUUUAGAGCCACGUGUGGGUGAGCGCGUACCUUAUGUUAUUGUGUACGGGGUGCCAGGAGUGCCGCUCAUACAGCUGGUUCGACGGCCUCUAGAGGUUCUACAGGACCCCAGCCUGCGCCUCAAUGCCACCUACUACAUCACCAAGCAGAUCUUACCGCCACUCGCACGGAUAUUUAACCUGAUCGGGGUGGAUGUGUUCAGCUGGUACCACGAGUUGCCCAGGGUACAGAAGGCGUGGAGCUCUGCGUGGGGUGGAGAGUCAGAGGAGGGCACAAGGAAAGGCACCAUCUCACAAUACUUAACUACGCUGCAUUGCCCGGUUUGUGAGGAGCUCACACAGCUGGGAGUGUGCGAGCAUUGCCGGGCCGAACCACAGCGUGUCGCUGUUACCCUGCACCAGGACCUGAGACUGUGGGAGAGUCAGCAAGAUCAGCUCUUAAAGAUAUGUAGAAGCUGCAGCGGUAGUGCAGAGCGUCAGGUCCCAUGUGUCUCAUUGGACUGCCCUGUUCUCUACAAGUUGUCUCGUGUUAAUCGACAACUUUCCAGAGGACCAUACCUUCGGCAACUUCUGGAGCAGUUCUAAUUGUUCGGCAGUCUGUCCUCCGUCUUCUUUUUUUCAGUAUCGCUUGUCAUUUUACUCUGGUGCUAAACGCUGUCAUUCAGCACAGGUUUGUGUGUAUCAUAGUUUGAAAAGGUGCUUUUUUUCCCCUUGUGACCUUUGGGCCUCUCCAUCUUUUACUGGUUGACUGUGUGGUACUGUAGCGCAGUGUGACUGAAGAGGCCUUAAUUACACAAGAGGAUGUGGACGAUGUUUGUGAUGUACCGUAUAUGACUUUGCUUUGUAGUCAUUGUUCAUUUCUGUCAUUUAAAAGUGUUCAUUAAUUUCAGUGAUAUUUCUGCAGACUGACAGCAUAAAUCCUCUCAAGACUGAACAUCGUAAGUGCUGUAGCAUUUUUUAAAUCAAAGAUAUUCAGUUCUGACUGAGUCGGAGUCUUGUUUGUCUCUAAUGAUAAAUGCUUUUUGUUUAUCAAAUCAGUCUCUUGUAAAUAAGCCGUGUAUAGUGAUCCAAAGUUCUGUCUGUCGGUACUGAUGAAAGUUUGGGAAAGGUUUUUUUUUUUAAAUCAAGACCUGACUAAGGAUUCCGCAUGUAUGUGCUGGAAAGAUGAGUUUUAUUUUGUCCAUUGUCCACACAGACAAGUCUGAAGACAAACAAGUCAGUAUCAGCCUUAACUUCUUGGACUUCUGCAAUAUGUUUGAUAAUUUAUGGCAAGAGUAUAUAUUGUCUGUGUGCAUAAUUAUUAUUAUUUUUUUUGUUAAAAUACUUUUCUAAUGCUUUCCUCUUUUCUAAACCAGACAUUGUAAAGACUGAGUCUUUCAUUUCCAGAUCUAUAGAGAACACAGUAUGUAUUUGUAAACUUGUAAAAAAAAAAAAAAACACACAAGGUGCUUUGUUUUUAAAAGAACAUAUGAGGGUGGAGAUAUAAAACUGAUAAAAUAAAAUUCAAAAGUUUUAAACA